AUCAAGGUUUCACAACCUGGAAUCAAUUUCCAUAUCUCGCUCUCUCCGACCAAUAUUCUUUGUUGAUGGCCUUGGCAUCCUCCUCCAUCGUCCCCCUGCCGCUCCCCCUCCCCACCUACUCCACCAAGCGCCCACUUCUUGCACCAUGCGCCGCCCAGCGGACCCCCGAUGCCGCCACCACCGUUGAGCUGCCGCACCACCAAGAACAACGGUCAAAGUCCACCGUCAACCUCCCAACGACGCUAUCCAACCUCCUCCACCUCCACCUCACCCCCAAACCAGAAAAAUCUCUCGAGAACGUUGCUAUCGCCUUGCCCGCAGAUCGCCGGAGCCCAACCGAAUCCCCCAAAGAAGACGUUUCCUCCUUGUGCUCCGAGCUCCAUGGCUCCGGUGACUGGUCCCAUCUCCUCAACCCCCUCCACCGCUGGCUCCGCCGUGAGAUCGUCAAGUAUGGCGAGUUUGCUCAGGCUACAUACGAUGCCUUCGACUUCAACCCCUUCUCGGAAUACUGCGGCAGCUGCCUCUAUAACCGCCGCCGCCUCUUCGACAACCUCGGCCUCGCCAAGAACGGUUACAACGUCACCAAGUACAUCUACGCCAUGUCCCACAUCGAGCUCCCUCGCUGGCUCGAACGCUCCAUCCGGGCUGAUACCUGGAGCAAGGACUCCAACUGGAUGGGCUACGUAGCGGUAAGCGACGACACCGAAUCCCGUCGAAUCGGAUGCCGAGACAUCGUCGUCGCAUGGCGUGGAACCAUCGCGCCGGCCGAGUGGUUCGAGGACUUGCAAGGCAAGCUCCAGUCACUGGGCUCCGACCAUGGCGACGUCAAAGUCGAGCAUGGAUUCCUCAGCAUCUACACCUCCAAGAGCGACGCCACCCGGUACAACAAGUCGAGCGCCUCAGAGCAAGUAAUGGAGGAGAUCAAGCGUUUGGUGAGUUUCUACAGAGAGAAAGGUGAGCAAGUGAGCCUGACGAUCACCGGCCACAGCCUUGGCGGCGCGCUGGCUCUCCUCAACGCCUACGAGGCGGCGUCGGCCAUUCCGUACCUGCCGGUAAGCGUGAUAUCCUUCGGGGCGCCUCGGGUCGGGAACAUCGCAUUCGGGGAGAAGCUGAAAGAAAUGGAGGUAAAGACAUUGAGGGUGGUCGUGAAGCAGGACUUGGUGCCGAAGAUGCCGGGGAUCUUGUUCAACGAGGGGAUCAAGAAGUUUGAGAACGUUACAGGAACGUUGGAUUGGGUCUACACCCACGUUGGGCUGGAGCUGGGGUUGGAUGUGAGAUCCUCGCCGUAUCUGAAGAAGGGAUUGGAUGUCCCGGGAUUCCAUAACUUGGAGGCUUAUUUGCACUUGGUGGAUGGAUAUCUUAGCUCGGAUACAGAGUUCCGGCUUGAUGCUAAGAGGGAUGUGGUGCUGGUGAAUAAGGCGUCCGGGAUGUUGAGGGAGGAAUUGCGGAUACCGCCGUGCUGGUACCAGUCGGCCAACAAGGGGCUGGUCUGCAAUUCGUAUGGGAGAUGGGUGCAGCCUCAGAGGGAUCCGGAGGAUAUCCCCUCGCCCUACAGAAAUGGGCCCAUAACUUGUCACAGCUAAGGUUUGGAAGUAGAUCGGUUGUGCUGUAUAUUGUGUAAUUAAUUUACAAGAUUGAGUUUAUUCAUCAACAAUAUUUUGUCUUUGGUUGCAACAAGUUCAUCAAUAGUACAUGCCAGCUCAUUUUUAUUUCCUUAAUUUGUACCAUCAC